UGGGAUGAGUGCAAGAAGGCCUUUCUUGCUAAGCUUUUCUCCACCGGUCGCACAUCCAAGCUAAGGAGUGAGAUUUCGAGUUUCGUACAGAGAAACAAUGAGACUUUUGCUGAGGCUUUGGAGAGAUUCAAGGGCUACACAAGUCAGUGCCCCCAUCAUGGCUUCAACAAUGAGUAUUUUCUCUCUACUCUCUAUAGAGGUUGUUUGGCAAGGUAUAGAGAGAUGUUGGACACAGCCAGCAAUGAAAAGUUCCUCAAUCAGGAUGUGGAUGAUGGUUGGCAGCUUGUGGAGAACAUGGCCACCUCAACUGAAUGUUAUGGAGAGAAUUUUGAUAGUACAGACUGGAGCUCGGCCGCGCACUCGAUCUAG